AUGGGAAUCCUCGUCAACAAGAUGAUUGUUAGAUUGAAAGGUUUGCGAACUCAAAAGCUGUUUGCUGUUGAUCAAAAUCUUGGAAAGAUGUGGCCUUUUGGGUGGAAAGGGCCAUCUGGGUUCUCACCUAGAUCAACGGCUGAGCAAGUUACUCAAGGGAUUGAUGCAACUGGUCUCACUGCCAUUGUUACAGGAGCCUCGAGUGGUAUUGGAACAGAGACCACACGUGUACUUGCUUUGCGCGGUGCCCAUGUAAUUAUGGCAGUAAGGAACAUGGAUUCUGGUAGGAAAGUCAGAGAAGAAAUACUCAAGGAAAUCCCUACUGCUAAGAUUGAUGUUAUGCAGCUAGAUCUCAGCUCAAUGGAAUCAGUUAGGAAAUUUGCAUCGGAAUUUGUUUCCUUGGGUCUUCCACUGAAUCUUCUGAUUAACAAUGCAGGCAUUAUGGCAGCUCCUUUCAUGCUUUCCCAAGACAACAUAGAAAUGCAAUUUGCAACCAACCAUGUGGGCCAUUUUCUUCUGACAGACCUUGUAUUGGACACCAUGAAAAAGACAGCACGUGAAAGCAACCGAGAGGGAAGGAUUGUUAUCUUAUCAUCGGAAGCUCACCGUUUUACAUACCGUGAAGGAAUUCGUUUUGACAAAAUCAAUGAUGAAUCAGGAUACAACAGUAUAUGGGCUUAUGGACAAUCAAAGCUUGCUAAUGUAUUGCAUGCAAAUGAGCUCACGAGGCAUUUUAAGGAAGAGGGGGCGAACAUAACUGCUAAUUCACUUCAUCCUGGAGCAAUUAUGACCAAUCUUCUGCGUUUCCACAGUGUUAUUAAUAGUGUUGUAACUAUGGUUGGAAGAUUUGCACUAAAAAAUGUUCAACAGGGAGCUGCAACUACGUGCUAUGUGGCUUUGCAUCCACAAGUUAAGGGGGUAAGCGGAGAAUAUUUCAUGGACAGUAACCUGUCCAAAGCCAGCUCUUAUGCUGGAGAUGUAGGAUUGGCUAAAAAACUCUGGGAUUUCAGCUUGAGCUUAACCAACCCCAAGUAG